AUGUCUGAAGAACAAUCAACAAGUGAACGUCCUCGUCGUCGUCAUCAUCAUCAUCAUCACCACCAUCAUACUGAAAAAACAGGUAACAGCAGCGGCAGUAGCACUACUAAUCUAACUGAGGGCAACAGUAGUCGUAUUCCAUCUGUUACCAGUUUACAAACUACUCAGGAAAAUGGCACUAGUAGCAGAGUCGUAUCUUCUAUUAGUAAUAAUAGCGCAAUAAGCAGUAGUAGCGGUUAUAAAACAGCAAAUAGUAUUGAAAGUAGUGUUACCAAGUUAAUUAUCUCUACAAAACAGUUAUUGCAAAAAUUAACUGCGUGGACUAGAGGUCAGGAAUCACAAAAAAAUAUUUCAGAUGCCUAUGUUCAACUAGGAAAUGAUUUUCAAAUUGUGGUAAAGUAUUUUUUACAUGCUGGAAUUGAUAUGAGCGAUAUGCGAAAUGUUCCCAAAGAAUUGCGUGCCAUCUUAGAAAAAGCUUUGAGAGAGAAACCAUCGCCAGAGGCUUUAGACAAGUAUUGGCCGGAUAUUAAGGAUAUUAUUGAGAGCCUAUUGACCAAUAUUAAGGUAAAAAGAAAUUUAUUGAAAAAUAUGGAGGAAGACAAAAAAAGAUCGAUUUCUUCUACCUCUGUCACCAACAUUGGUAAUGGCACGCAUUCUGCUAUUCCUCCUGCUAUUCCUCCUGCCAUUCCUCCUGCCAUUCCUCCUGCCCAGAGUACUGGGAGGAGAGUAAGUAAAACAAAUACAACUGCCCUGAGUGAGCAUCAGCAGCAGCAGCAGCAACAACAACAACAACAACAACAACAACAACAACAACAACAGCAACAACAGCAACAACAGCAACAGCCACAACAACAGCAACAACAGUAUUUAUCACCGGAAACAAACCGAUCACCAGGGACCUCUGGUAAAAAGGAUAUUUUAUCCAGUCCUGUAUUGUCUCCGGAAGGUGUUAGGGAAAGUGAAAUAAGUGUCGGAAAAGAUUCCUUAAAAAAAAAUGCAACUGUUACUAAUGAGCCUAAAAAUAACUUAACGGUUCCUUCUCAAAAUAUGGAACAUACUACUGAUGAUUAUGGCAGUAGCGAUGAAAGUCAAGCAUUGCAACAGUUAAAAAAGGGAGACACCAUUCAAAGAAGAGCUUCCAAGAGAUUUUCUGCUUAUCAUUUGGCUAAAUUGACCUCUCAAAAUGCACCACCGACACCAUCACCACAUCGUCCAAUCUCUACCUUUUCAGAUGAUGGAACUGACAAUAAAAAUAGUGUUAAUAAGUCUAUUAUGGUUGAUAAUGCACCAGCUUCCAACACGGAUUUUGUUGAAACUAAUAAUAGCAACAAUGUUAGGAAUUCUAGGAUUCUCAGCGCAUCUGUAGGUACUAGUAACCAAUAUUCUCAGAAAAGAAGAAAUUCCAGACUAGACCCCGAUAGGGCCUCCUUAUCUUCAUUCAACUCUACGAAUAAUUCCUCAUCUACAGUUGUUCCGUCAACGAAUGUUGAUAAUGAGGGGAGGAACGGUAGAAUGAGUAGCGUUGGUAGCAAUACAAAACACAAAUUAAUUACUAUAUUUUUGAAACUAAAUUCGCAAACUAAAAAAUGCGACGCUACAUACCCACUAACCAUGAGUUCUAUUCGGCUAUUAUUCACUGAAAAAUUCACAUAUAGAUAUAAGUCACCAUCGCAAUUCCCCGAUAUCAUUUACGUGAAGGAUCCUGCCUAUCCUCAUAUAUCUUAUGAAUUAGAGGACAAUGAUAUUUGUAAAAUAUCGGACGGAUUUGUGUUAGAAAUUGAGGAUAAAGGUCCUCGCGAUGGAGCAUCCGCUAAUAUAGAUGUCUCAUUGAAGGAAAAGGUUGAUGCCGAACAAAAAACAACCUCUAUUUCUUCUCCCCUUGCUCAUCACUCUCCUUCCACGUCUUCUCUCCAGCCAUCUGAAACUAUUUCUAAUACCGGCUUUGAGCAUUUGGAAAAUAAAUUGAUCCAGCAGCAAAAAGAAUUUUUGAGUAAACUACAAGCUAUGGUGACAGAAACCACACAUUCCUUACAACAGCAGCAACAACAACAUACAUUGCCAGCCACAUCUUCAUCGGUGUUGCCCUUAGAUUUUACUACACCACAAUCCCAAUCUGUUACUGAUGUUGGUACGAGUAAUUCCAAUGGUAAACUUUCUGAGGCCGUUGCUGCUGAUUUGAAAAGGGACUUAAGGGUUCUAAAACAAUUGCACUCAGAUAAUAAAUUGAAAACGGAAACUGUGGUGGCAAAUUUAUCCUCUCAAUUAACCAAGUUCAAGAAUUUGGCGUCAUCUGCAAAUACGACAUUGGAUAUUACUAAGAACAAUAAUAACAAAGAUAUUAAGGAAAGAAUAUAUUUGGAAAAUUCGCAAGGGAAAUUGUCUAGGAUGUCAGACGAUUUAUUAACUAAAGUGGACAAUUUGCAAGACACUAUUGAGUUGCUACGGAAGGAUGUGGCUGUUAGAGGAUCAUUGCCUGUGAACAAAAGAUUAGAAGAUGUUUCGAGCGAUUUAAAAGUUGCGAUGGCUAACUUGAAAGAUAUGGAAGAAUUUGUUAAUUUAGAAAAGCCACGUUGGAAAAUGAUCUGGGAACGUGAAUUGGAUAAAGUUUGCGAAGAACAACAAUUUCUGAAUUUACAGGAAGAUUUGGGUUUUGAUUUGAGGGAGGAUUUGAAGAGAUGUAGUGAGACUUUCGAAUUGGUAAAAUUGUGUUGUGAGGAACAAUUGAAAAACCCUAGUAUUAAAAAGAAGCCCAAGCCAGUUUUGUUGCCAAUUGCCAAACCAGGUACCUUUAAUAAUAUUAGAGAUGCUGUUCUAGAGGAAGUACAGAGCUUGAAACCAGACCAUGACAGCAGAGUCCAAGCCAUUGAAAAAUCAGAGAAGUUGCGUGUCAAGGAAAAGGAAUAUUUAAUAAGAGAUGAGUUUCAAGAUGAACUAGGUAAUUUUGUGGAGGCUGGUAAUUUGAAUAAAUCUGGCGGCAUUGAGGAAUUGGAAAAAAUGAGAAGGGAAAAGGAUGAACGUAAUUUGAAAUUUAUGCUUCAAAAGAAUGGGUUUUAG